AGAGAGAGAGAGAGAGAGAGUGUGUGUGUGUCUAAGACCAGGGCAGUCUGUCCUCAGUCUGAAGCUGCAGAACUUUCAGACCUUGUGCCCAGUUGAUGCAAGAAAUCUGGAGAUGGAGAUGGUCUUCAAAGUCUGACAUUUCAGAGGGCUGUAUGUCAGAAGGAGGAAGUGAGAUCCUGCCAGCACACACAGUCAAAUGCCAUGGCUGUGCCCAGUGCCAAGUUUUUCCAUUGGCAGUCCCUGGCAUCCUUACCUGUCAGUCGGGUGUACUGCACUCCUGUGGAGAGUGGGGACCAGCUUUAUGUUAUUGGAGGCUGCGAUGAAGAUGGAAACCCCAUCAGUAACUGUGAGGUUUACCACCCAGAGGUCAAUCAGUGGACCACCCUCCCUCCCAUGCCCACAGCAAGAGCGGGUGUAGCUGUUGCUGCUCUGGGCAAACAGAUAUUGGUGAUUGGGGGAGUAGGAGUUCAUCAGAAUGCCCUGUCGACAGUGGAAAUGUACAAUGUGGACGAAGGCAAGUGGGAGGAGAAGAGUUCCUUGUGUGAAGCUGCCAUGGGAGUGUCAGUGACUGUGAAAGACUGUCGGGUCUAUGCAGUGGGUGGAAUGGGAUCAGACAUGUAUCCACAAGCUAAUCUCCAGCAAUACGACAUUGUGAAGGAUGUCUGGCUCUCUCUUCCUGCCAUGCCUACCCCAAGAUACGCAGCCAGCACCUUCCUUCGAGGUAGCAAGAUCCACGUAUUUGGUGGAAGACAAGCGAAGAAUCCGGUCACUGCCUUCGAAGCCUAUGACAUCGAGGCCAAGUCAUGGAGCAGGUUCCCGAGCAUUCCCGGCCGGCGAGCCUUCUCAAGCUGCGUGAUGACGGAGAAGAAUUUCUUUAGUCUCGGAGGCCUACAGCAAGCUCGAGGCUACAAGAGACCCAAGUUUGUCAGGACGGUGGAGGUGUUUGACAUUGAGCAGGGAGGUUGGAUGAAAACAGGGCGUCACUUAAACAUGAGGAAGAAGAGAGCAGACUUUGUGGCUGCGUGCCUCCAGGGCAGGGUGAUCGUGGCUGGAGGUCUAGAAUCAGCUAAUGGUUGGAAUGAAGUGCUGCCACCAAUCCUUCUUCCUACUGGAUCUGAAGGAGACCAGCCAGCAGUCCUGAGCUCAGCCGAGGCCCUGCACCCGACCAAGAAUAGGUGGGAACGGUUGCCACCCAUGCCCACUGCCCGCUGCACCUGCUCUAGCAUCGUCUUCAAGAACCGCCUGUUAGUCAUUGGCGGAGUGUCGCAUGGACCCAGUGACGCUGUGGAAGCUCUCUACCUGAAGGACUCAUAGACGUUUGAGACUUGAAGGAAAGCUCAGCUGGAGGCCUCUUGCUUCACGGUUUAAUUAUCUUUUGCUUCUGGCUGUUGAACCUGAAGGCUGUUGCGUUCUCCGGUCAAACCCAACAAGAUGUCGGGAUUGAGGAAGGAUUUAAAUCUCCUCCUUGCUUCCUCUCAGUAUGUGGCAGACAAGUAUUUCCAACUCUUGUCAUUUUCCUUCUGUAAGUCGGUUCAGAGCAUUUUAACAGGGCCUGUGAUCCACCUUCUCAAAGUCCCUUCUGUGUGGAAUGUGAGGCUGCCACAGGAUGUCCUAUCCCAUCCACAUCUUCCUCCACAGCGAUCUGGUUCCAGCGUUCAGGGACAUGUAUCCCGGAGUGUUUCACCUUUCACUUCCAAAUCUGAGCCACUGAUCUACUGGUUGUCCCACUGAUGAAGCGUGUCUGUGUUUGAGGGGCUUGUCUGAAAAGUUGAAUUGCCAGUGUUGGUCACUCACGCACGCACAAGGGCAUGAAGGUUCGUUAGCUGACUCAGUGAAGCAGUCAGGAGCCAUUUGGUUGAUCUCUUCACCUUGAUUCUACACCUUGACUGGGAACCUUGGCCUUGCCUCUGACAAACUGCUUAGCAACCCUGAAAAGAAAACUGUGACUAAUUGAGACAGAGCCCCUGAGCACAAGUUCAGUUCAGAUGGACGUUUUCGAUCAGCUUUCUCUCCACGCAUACUGCCAGACCUGAGUUUUCUCCAGCAAUUCCUGUUUCUGUUUUAGAUUUCCAGCAUCUGCAGAUCUUUGGGAUUUGCUUUUGUUAUCUUCUGGACCAUUCUGGAUGUUGAAAAGGUGUUGGGUCAUUAACCAACAGGACAUUCCUCUUGAGUACCACCAGUAUAUGCAGACCUUGAUUGACUUUGGAAAUAGACACAUAGUGGGAGUGAAUUCCAAUUGGCACCUUCCGGCUCUUGCCCAGAGCACUGCUGCACUACAGUAGCCAUGGUAAAGGGUACAUCGGUUUGGGGUGCAAGGCAGUGAGACUAUUAACCAACAAAGUCAGUGGAUUGGAUGCUCCAGUUAACAAAUAUUGUAGGAAACUGUGAAGUGUAUGAUGUGGCUGAUUGGUCCCUCAUACUGCAAUAGCAUGGGUAUGAUUAUAAUGUUAAUUGUAUUUAGUAUAGCUGCACUGUUCUCUGCAUUGUGACUGUGGAUGAUGUAAUUAGCAAAGUUACCACACAUAUACGGUGGCACACUGGUUAGCACUGCUGCCUCACAGCGCCAGAGACCUGAGUUCAAUUCCCUCCUCAGG